UCAUAAUCAUCAUCCACUCACUCGCAAUUUCUUUUGAGGGAGAGUUGUUCUCGUUUGGGAGAUAUUGGAAGUCAGAAUACGAAUCUUUUUCUAUAUUCUCGUAAUCUACUUCUUCUUCUUAUCGCUCUCUACCCAUUCAUUGCGUUGCGUACAAUUCCUCAGCCGCCAUCAAAUUUCCUUCCCAUUUGGAGGUAGCACUGAAAGGGGAUUCAACAAACAGUAAUCUAUUAGUUAGAAGAUGGAUAGCUGAUGUUAUUUGACGUUCUCAAUUUAUACGGACACAAUGGAUGUGCGCCCUGCUUUGUUUAUUCGAAGAUCAAGUGAAAAGCAGCUGACUAACAUGGGUUUUUCGGGAGCUAUAUCUUCAUCUUUCCCAGUUUUUCCUACCCCUUUGGAGGAGAAUUAUCCCAAAUUCACAGAUUCCUUUCAGGUUUCCUCAGAAAGGGAACUAAUGAUGAAUUCCAUUUCUCCUCAGCCAACUCCAUUGGAUUCUAACAGCGGCACAGUUGGGAACUUGUUCUCAUCGGCUUCUGGAUUCUCCACAGAUGUUCAUUUCUCUUCAGUUUCACCCCAAGCAAGGUGUUUCCAUAAUUCUCCAUUCAUUUCUCAGUCAUCGAGUGAUGGUGCAUCUUUACCACCAAUCCACUCAUCUCAUUCAGGUUUACAUUCAACACAAUUGAUCAAUUACCCUGAGGGAAACAAUGAUAUGUCCUGGACUACAGAUUUGCUGCAGGAUUUCCUUGACUUCCCUGAAAAUAUACCUGUCCAGAAUGGUCAGGUAGAAACUAUUACUGGUGUAAUGGCAUCUCAAGAACAUGUUAAGAGAACUGAUUGGCAGGAAUGGGCACACCAGUCAAUCUCUGUUGAUGAUGCUUUGGAUUUGGACUCAAAUUGGAGCGACAUCCCGGAUGAUAUUAGUGCACCAGAUCCUAAACCAAAGGUGAUAGAACCACCAACAGAUGUUUUUGCCCACCAGCCCCAGGUUCAUCUUCAUCAUCCCAUACCAUCUGGAGAAAUUUGUCCUGUUGCUAGUCCAUUAUCCCUUGCAACCCAGAACAAGACUCGAAUGCGUUGGACGCCAGAACUUCACGAAGCCUUUGUGGAAGCUGUCAAUAAGCUUGGUGGUAGUGAACGAGCUACACCGAAGGGUGUCCUGAAGCUCAUGAAUGUGGAAACCCUGACCAUCUAUCAUGUAAAAAGCCACCUCCAGAAAUAUAGAACAGCCAGAUACAAACCAGAGUCUUCAGAAGGAAUGUCAGAGAGAAAUUUGACUCCUAUUGAGGAGAUCACAUCUCUGGAUUUGAAAGCGAGUAUGGGGAUUACUGAAGCAUUGAGGGUACAGAUGGAAGUUCAAAAACAGCUUCAUGAACAACUUGAGAUCCAGAGAAAAUUGCAAUUGCGAAUUGAAGAACAGGGGAGGAACCUACAAAUGAUGUUUGAGAAACAGAAGAAGAUGGAAGAUGUAAGAAUGAAAGCAUCCUCUUCCAAUCCCAAUGUUCCGUCUCCAUUACCAAGUACAGUGCAGCAGCCCUCCCUUGCCGAUGAAAAUUUAGAAGCCUCGAAGCAGGAUAAAAUUGUCAGGACAACAGGAAGUGGCGAAAUGAGUGCCAGCACCGCACGUGAAGAAAUUUCUCAGGAUUCAAGUGAGAAGCAAACUCCUGACCCGGUCACUAGGGGGUCUAGUCCUCGACCUCUAAAGCGUGCAAGAGGAGAUGAAACAGCUGCAUCAUCAGCUAAACUCGCAUCUUGAUUUAAACUUUUUACGGCAACGUUUGAUCAUCUCCUUGAUGUGCCGUGGUGUGCCUGGAUGCGGAUUAUGUUAGUCUUGUGGGGGAGUACUGCACUGACGGAGUCGAAGAAUGGUUAUUUGGAGUUCAGGCAAGGCAAGAUUCUUGCAAGUAAUAACAUGCAUUUUUCUUUUUCAUUUUAACAAAUAAGCAAAUCAUGUAGUUAUUACUGUUUUAUUAUUUGCUUUCUUGAAUUGCUACUGUUUUCAGAUGCCGAAUUGAAUUUUGUUUCAAACUUUAUAUGCUUGUGAAUAUGCAUCUAGGAAUUACUGGGGGAAUUUUGUUACA